UCAAAUCAACAGUUGGUGUUUUGUUUCUUAUGGGUUGCCUGUGCUGCUUACAGCGCGCAGAUAUAUAUAUCAUUUAUAUAUCAAUCAAUUUCAAGUGGCCAGUUGUCAAUUGCCUAUACGUAGAGAGAUUUACAACUGUAUUCAAGAAAAAGAAUAAAGUUUCCGUUACAUCGUCAUACAAGGAGUAGAUGAACCACGAUAUGUCUAAGAUCAAAAUUGUGAUCUGGGAUUGGACAGUGCGCCAUCGGGGAAUAGACCUCUGGUGUCAUCAUUUACUUCCGCUUUUAUUCUUGGAGACAAGCGAGCAAUUCAAUUGCGUAGUUUGGUGGGAAGUGGCGGAUUCAUCGCACAAUUACAAGCACAAAAUGUCUGGAUUGAGCAUCGGUUUAUCAACUUUUAACAGCUGUAACAAAGCUGGAUCCAUUCCCCAUUUCACCCAACAUCUUACCCUUCAUCCAAACGAUUAUCGGGCUUUAACAUGGCGGGGAAGAGCUUUAAGCAUCGUAGGAAAAGCAGCAGAAGCAAAAGCGGAUUUCCAGAAAGCCUGUCGUGUAAGCGAUGGUCCAAAGAAACUUCUUGCUCAAGCACAUUUAAUGAACAUCGAUGGAAAUAUGCAACAGAAAGUUGCCAUUCUCCAAAAUACCACAAGGCAAUACCCAAAUUGUUCUGAAGCUUGGCAUGAUCUUGGUAGCCAUACUUAUCAAUUCGAGGGCACAAUUGAUCCUGCUUUUCAAUUCCUGGGAAGAGCAAAUCGGCUCGCUACGAUAAAUUCUGAGACUGAGGAUCCAUGGUACCCUUGGUGCAAUCAAACGAUUGGCGACAUUUACUUCCACGAAAAACGACAAGUAAAUGACGCAAGGGAGCAUUACGCAACGGCUGUCCAGUCAAGCAACACCCUAACAGUCGGUCAUCUUGGGCUAAGCAGAUGCGAGAUAUUAAACAAUAACCUUGCAAGAGCCGAGACGAGUUUCUUGACUGCAAAGCGUCUAAACCCAGUGCUAGUAACAUGGGAAAGUUUUGAUGAGUUCCGUCAACAAUUCAUGGCACAACACGCUGUAGCAGGUAUUGCUUUUCUGGUCUCUGAAUUUUCAAAAGUAUUAACCAACUUUACGACUGAUGACCAACAGUACUCAGCUAAUGGUGGAAACACUCGAUCCCAGAGUGGUUAUCAAGGUGGAGGAUCCGGAGGAAGGGGAAACGGAGGAUCGGGUGAUGGAAGUGGCAGUGAUGACGAAGACAUGACUCCAGAGAAUCUUCGUGAAAGAGAAUGGACCAGGAUAAAGAAAGAAGCUCCAAGUGCGAAAAAGUAUCGUGGCAAAAAAUUUUAUCAGUCAAAAUGCAAACGCUAUUGGUACUCCAAAAUUGCACCAGCCGAGAGACACGGAACAGAAGUAAAAUCAUUUUUGAAGAAAUACGCCGACAAAGGAAGAACCAUUGAGCUGAUGUGUUCAAUUGACGAAAACAUGGAUGAAAUGCAUGGGAAGCACGAAUCAGGAAAAUACGCUGUCAUCAAGAAAAGUGAUAUGGAUGGAAUGUCAUAGAUCUAGGAUAUUAUAAGACUUUUUUUUUCUUCUUUGACUAACAUGUGUUUCAAAUGAUGCUACGAUUUAAUUAAUUAAUCCAUGUGUAUCAAGAAACAUUCAAAUAUUGUCUCCACGCAAGAAUCAUGCACUUUACACUAACUUGUUAUGCAGACGAUAUCUCAAUCUUGUUCGUCAUGACAUGUUUGAUAUAUCAGCUAUAAGCAUGCAUAUCGCAGUUAAUUAUUGCAAGCUUGUUUUCUUAUCUUUUAAGUUGUAGUUAGGACACAGGCAACCCAAGCAAUAAUGUAUUUGUCGUCUGUAUCAGUGAUAGCAUUUACAGUAAAUGUAUGGGACGUACGAAAAAAUGUAAUUUGUUUUUUGUUUUAUCAAUAAAUUUGAAUAAACCUUGCAAUGUUUUAAA